AUGGGUAGACGUUCCAGGAGCCCAGACAGUGGCGACGAUCUGUUUUCACGCAGCGCGUCUAAACGUCGAGCCCGCGCCAAAGUCUCGUAUGUUGAAGACUCAGACGACUACGAUUCGAGCGGCGAGAAAAAGCCAAAAACAAAUUUGGAUGGCGUAGAUACAAUUCAACAGGAUGGAGAAUACGAAUAUGGUGAGUUUGUUCCGGAAAAACCAGCUGAUAUCGGAGGUUUGGACGACGAGUAUACAGAUUCUGAGCAACAACCCGUAAGACUGCAAAGAACAAGACAGAAGGAGAAGACACGCGCCGGCCGUUCAGAUGACUCCGAUUUUAAAGACGAGAGUCCACUGGAGCAAGAAGAGGAAGAACUUUCUGAAGAGUAUGAUGAUCAAGGAUACUUGGAUAGACUACGAGAGAAACAGUUCAUUGCUACAGAUGACGAGAAUGACGGUGACGACGUGUACUACAAGAAGAAAAAGCUGCGGCUGCGGAAAAAGUCGCGUUCCCGUUCUGCAGAGCCUCGGGCCCGUAAGAGAGCCAUCGGAAGCGAUAGUGAAGAUGACUUCGGUGCCAAUGACGACGUAGGCGACGAUGCUAUCCAACAAGAAAUCCAAGAUCUAUACGAUUCAUCUCCAGAAGCCAGCCCAAUGAAGCACAAGCUCCGGGAGAAGAAGAAACGUGUGGACUACACAAUUCCAUCCCUUCUAACUGUGGACAACGAGGCAGAAUUGUACGCACAGGCACCUACACCACAGCCACUGUUCCUGAGUAGAAGCAAGCGGCCCAUUGGUGCUAAGAAUGCCUUCAGAAAGUUGUUGUAUCCCACCGCUGGCCCAUUUGGAGGUAGUGAUGUUCAAUCUAUCUUGGGCCAGAAUAUACCACCUGGAGGUAUUCCAAUUGUCAGCAAUGUACCCGGUGGUGCAACCACAGUUGCCUCAGAUGGUGAUUCUGACUCUUCCGAUGAAGACUUGGUACACAUGCCUCUGACUAUUCCUGGCCUUACCAAUUCCCUUAAGCCUGCGCCAAUUGCUGCCGGGGGCUCUUCUACAGUCAUUGGUCACACAAACGUAGUGGGUGCGCAAGCAGUCAACAAAACGAAAAAUAAUCUAAGCGAUACAGAUCCGCUCGGAGUUGACAUGAACAUCGAUUUCUCCGCUGUUGGUGGUUUGGAUAAUUACAUUGAUCAGCUCAAAGAGAUGGUGGCCCUUCCACUUUUAUAUCCAGAACUCUACCAGAAUUUCCUGAUCACUCCGCCUCGUGGAGUUUUGUUCCAUGGUCCCCCAGGAACAGGUAAGACUUUGAUGGCCAGAGCCUUGGCUGCCAGUUGUUCCACGCCAACACAGAAAAUCACAUUCUUCAUGAGAAAAGGUGCUGAUUGUUUGAGUAAAUGGGUUGGUGAGGCCGAAAGACAGCUCAGGCUCUUGUUUGAAGAGGCUAAAAACCAACAGCCAUCUAUUAUCUUCUUUGAUGAAAUUGACGGUUUGGCCCCUGUGAGAUCUUCCAAGCAGGAACAAAUUCAUGCCAGUAUAGUCUCCACUUUACUUGCCUUAAUGGAUGGUAUGGAUAACCGUGGACAAGUCAUUGUUAUUGGAGCCACGAAUAGACCAGACUCUGUUGAUCCUGCCCUUCGAAGACCCGGAAGAUUUGACAGAGAAUUCUACUUUCCUUUGCCUGAUAUGAAUGCUCGUAAACAAAUUCUCAAAAUUCAUACGAAAAAAUGGACGCCUCCUCUCUCUCCAAUAUUUAUCGAUAAAAUUGCUGCUUUGACAAAGGGUUAUGGUGGUGCAGACUUGAGGGCACUUUGCACAGAAGCAGCCUUGAACUCCAUCCAGCGAAAGUAUCCACAAAUCUACCUGUCGACUGACAAAUUGAUGGUAAAUCCAAGUAAAGUGCACGUUGUUGCGAAGGACUUCAUUCGAGCUGUGGAAAAGAUCAUUCCAUCCAGUGCGAGAUCCACAUCCACAGGCUCGUCUCCACUUCCCCAAAGGCUUCAGCCACUUUUGCAAGACUCCCUUGAUAAAAUACAAAAUAGACUCAGCGAGCUUCUACCCGGAUCCGUUGGAAUUAAUGGCAGGGCUAAAAUGACAAAUCUCGAAGAAGCACUAUAUCUAGACCCCACCAUUAAUGAUGAGGAUGGUGGGUUCCACAAGCACGAACUCUUACGAAACCUUGAGAGUUCACGUGUUUGCAAGCCACAUCUAUUGAUUUGUGGUGAACAGGGUGCGGGUCAACAAUAUUUGGGUGCUGCGAUCCUCAACUUGCUUGAGGGAUUCCAGGUUCAGAAUCUCGAUUUAGCCUCUGCAUUCUCAGAUACAACACGCACACCUGAGCUGUUCAUAGUGCAGACUUUUAUUGAGGCCAGACGUCACCAACCCUCCAUCAUUUUCAUUUCUAAUAUUGAUACGUGGUUUGAAGUUAUGCCACACUCUGCGAAAGCAAUUCUCGCUGGUCUUUUGAGAAACCUUCGGAGUAAUGAGAAAAUUUUACUUCUAGGCAUUGCUGACCGCAAUAUCGAUGAGCUAGACUCUGAAGUCAAAAGCGUUUUGGGUUACUCUGACGGGUUCAACAACAUCAAGCUUGAUAAUCCAAGUAGACAAUCCAGAGCAAAGUUUUUUGCGUCCGUCGAGAAAGCUUUGUUCAUGAAGCCAUACGAGUUCUUGAAUGAUUUGGAAAAUAGGCCAAAGAGAAAGCUCAAGCAGUUGAAAAUUGCUCCUAAGAAAGAAGAUUCAGACGGCUCAUUGACUAAGCGUCAAAUUAAAGAACAAGAAUACCAAGAUAAAAAACUUAAGAACGUACUCAAGAUCAAAUUGGCUGGAAUGUUGGAUUUGUUCAAAAACAGAUACAAGAGAUUCAAGAAACCAAUCAUCGACGAAGGCCUUCUCUACCACUUGUUUGAGCCAGCUGUGCUUGAGAACCCUGUCAUUACAUACGAGGUAUUCUACACCAAAUCUACCGAUCCGAGCCAUCCAAAUAUGAUACAGGAGCUCUCAACAGGAAACUUCUUCUAUAACAUGGAUUUGGAUACCAUCGAGGAGCGCGUGUGGAAUGGAUAUUACUCGGAAGCAUCGCAGUUCCUCAAAGAUCUCAAUAUGAUUGUCAAGGACUCCAAGACUUCCGGAGAUCGAGACCGUAUUGUUAAGGCGAAAGAAAUGUUGACCAACGCACAGUUUGCAAUUGAAGAGAUCAACAAUCCAGACUUUGCCAAAGCAUGCAGAGAGGUAAGACAGCGUGAGAUCAAGAAGCAGGAGAAGUUGGUGGCCCAGUACAAAAAGCUCAAGGAACAGAUGGAAGCAAAUGCGGAGGCUGAAUCUAUCGUUGUUGAAGAAAACGGAAUCGAAAAAAACCAAAUUGCGGAAGUAGGUGAUGCGGCAGAUUCAAAAGAGAAUGGCGCUUUGGUUGCAAAUGGAGUUUCGGAGCCCAAAAACUCUGAAGUAACCACCGAAGUCGAACCUGUGGCUGCGCCGCAGCCAGAACCAGAAGCCAUGGCAGUCGACACAAACCCAGUGGCUGAUCCAUCUCUAUCUACCGAAGCUAGCGCAACACAGAUCAUUGAAAUAGCACCUAAGGUUGAUGAAGAGGACUCUGAAUCAGAGGCAGAAGAGCCAUUGGCUGUGGACACAGCCAGACAACUUGUUGUUCCCGAGGACGCAUACACGCUAUUCGAGAAGAGCAUUGUCGAUGCCACCGAUGGAUUCACUGUGGAAGCGCUCGAGCAUGUCUCGGCCAAGCUCAUGGAGGUGAUCUGGGAGGACCGCAGCAAGUGGGAUAAAACACAGACGGUCGAAAGAAUUAGGCAAGUGGUUGCCGAAGCACGUUUAUAG